AUGUUUUAUAGACUGAUUUAUAUUACAAUUCUGAUAAUAGGAUUGAUUGAAUGUGUCUUCGGAAUUAAUUAUGUCGAUGUCAAGAAUUAUAAUAUAUCUCGUGGAGUUAAUGUGUUUCAUGGGAGAUUUAAUAAAUUUGGUAAAUAUUUUAUGUUUGUUGGUGAUUUGGAACCCAUUACUCAAUUAAGAUUCGGAAAUGAAUUGAUAUUUCCAAAUGAUACAGGUUCAAAUAAUUAUAACCUAUUUGUUGAAAUGUUUUUACAAUUUAACUUAAAGCUGGUAUCAUUUUAUGUCCACACAUUUCAUAAUGGAUUAUUGAAGGAAGUAAAAAGAAAAGUCAUCAGCAUAUCUUAUGACACAUACAGUUAUAUAAGUAAUGAAGAAUUUAUGUACAAGAUCAAUAAACCAAUUCUAGUAUCAGUUGAUAUAGGACCAAAACCAAAACAUCCAUUUGUAAACAAAAAUUAUUUUUCUAUUUACAAUAUGGCAGAUUUUAAAUACAAAUUUAUAUAUGAAUACCAUGCUUUUAGAUUUGAUGGAAUAUCAAGCCCACGAUAUAAAUUUGGAUAUGUUUAUGAUUCGGGACAUCCUGUUGUUGUAGGUUAUACAAAACUUCCAUAUAUAUUUCACGAAUGUUAUAAUAUUGGGAUUAGAGAUAGGAAUAAACCUUCCAUGAUUGAACUAUACGUUGAUAAUGUACAAAAAUAUGAAUUGAGGCCUAUAUUAGGUAAAGAAUAUUGGUUUUUAACAAACCAUACGGUUGAAAUCUUAUCAGAUCCAGUGUAUGCUGAUCCAAUAAAAUUUUACAGAAUAUAUAAAAAACAUAAAAAAGGAAUUCCAUUGAUUACAUUAGAUAUAUCGGAGCUUGUUAGUUAUGAGAUCUUUGGGAUAGAAAAUGUUACAGGAUCGACCAAUAGCUGGAAGUACACAUUGUAUACUCAUGUAAGAAAAUGUGAAAGUGAUUACAGAAUCAAACUGAUUAUCGAUUCAGAAAUUUACCAUAGAACCAUUUAUAUUCAAAGAAAUGAAUACAAAAUUUUUAAUAUUGAAGUAUACAAAAAUAAUGAAGAAACAACAAUGAUAGUGGAAUAUGAUGGUGGAGAAAUAAAUAAUUCGAUGAUAAAAGAAUGGAAAAUAUUCAACAAAACAAAUGAAGAAAAGUACAAAAAAGUAAAAAGGAAUGAAUAUAAACAAAUAUUUAAAAAUAUAGAAGAAUGCCAUCCGAUAAAACUAGAUGUUACAAUAGAUGAAGAACAACCAUCUUUAUUUGAGAAGAAGGAAAUAUCAAACAAAGAAUUGACAAUACAUCAUUUUUCAAUCAAUGAAACUAAUGAUUUCGGAGAAUCCAUAUUGAAUAAAUAUAUGUUUGGGCGAGUUUAUCAAACAGAAAAUUUUCAAAUAGGUAACAUACCACAGGAACCUUUUAGAAAACACAGGGUGAUGAUUGUUGGAGACAUAAAUACGAAUAAAUUUAUAGUAAGGAACAAAUCUACACUUGAUAAUUUGAACACACCACAAUAUCAGUUGUUCCGACUAAGAAUAUAA